GCCUGCGCAUUGUGAGAACGCAGAAGAUAGGAAGGUUAAAGGGAACAGGAUAGUGUAUCGAGUGUCGAGCGAUGGAUGGACUACAAUCAGCUGGAGCGCCAUGUUAGCCAGUGAUUAAGCUAAGAACCGAGCAUCGCGGGAGGCACAUCCACACAGGCUGACAGCUAUACAUUGUACACGAAGACAUUGCACUCACUUAUCAUUAUCAGCAAACCCAUAUUUACAUCAAAAGAAACCCAGUAUGCCUCCAAAGUUCAAGAGGCACCUCAAUGACGAGGAAGUUACAGGUUCAAUUAAAUGUGAAAGGAGGAAUCUGUUGGAAGAAGACUCGGAUGAGGAAGAAGAUUUCUUCCUGAGGGGACCUUCUGCACCUAAGUUUGGACCAAGGAAUGACAAGAUCAGACAUGUACAGAACCAGGUGGAUGAAGUCAUUGAUGUUAUGCAAGAAAACAUCACAAGGGUGAUCGAACGGGGAGAAAGGUUGGAUGAGCUGCAGGACAAGUCAGAAAGCUUAUCAGAUAAUGCCACAGCCUUCAGCAGCAGAGCAAGACAUCUUAGGAAAAAGAUGUGGUGGAGGGAAUUUAAGAUGAAAGCAAUUAUAGCACUGGCUUUUCUCAUCAUCCUACUAGUGAUUAUUGUUCCCAUUAUCCUAAAGUACCGCUCCUAACUUUCUCGUCACUGUCAAGAGCUCCUGGAGGUUUUGCAGCAAACUGUACAGAACUGUCUUAUUUUUGUUCUCUUGUUUUAACCCCUCUUCUCCCUCAGGAUCAUGCAUUUUAUUGAUUUAUGCUGCUGUUCCUCUGCAAUCAGAAAGAACAAGUCUACAUUCCUCGUGGAAGGUAGCUGUGUAAAUCAACAGGAUGGACUGGAGUACCAUACAUUCCCAAGAUAGAAAUAUCUUCAACUUUAUUAUUUAUGGACAAUUCAUUAUUUUAUGAAAUGACUAUCCAGAAGGGAGAGGUAGAACUGGUUCCAUUCAAACAUGGAUUUCAUUAAUGGAAUAAUUCUUCCCUCCCCUGGGUUUGGUCAGCCUCAAACCAAAUCAGUGCAUUUUAUACCUAGACAGAAUUUACUUAUGUUUUGUUGCUGUACCAAAGCCCAUGGCAAUGUUGAAGUCAGAGCAUAGAACCACACCCUUUGUGCCAGAGCUUGCCCUCAUGCCUGCAUUAUUCUACCCUCCCAAGAAAGUAUAUAUUGUCUCUCAUCUAAAAAUGUUAAACAUUUUACUACCAGCUGUCUAUGCCUUUGACCUUCUCUGCUGGUAAAAAGCAAGGUUUAAUUACAAAGGCUUUCUUACAUGCCCUAUCCAGAUGCUUGGCGUUUAUAGGUGUGCCUAAUCUAAAACUGGAAGUACAAGUAUUACACCAUUUUGAGAGAGCUUCCACAUUGUGGAAAAUAUUUGGAAACUGCACACGAAACAAAGCUAAAAGUCUGUCUUUAGACACAUGUUUUAUUGAAUGUUACCAUUUCAUUCCAUAACAAGCUGAACUUUAAAAAAGAUUGUUUUUUGCAAUAGGUAAAUCAUUGUGGAGGGAUAUCCCCUGAAAGAACAUCAUUGUGAGGCAAAUAUGGAUAGAUAAGUGACCCCCUUAUAGUUUACUUUUGAAAGGCUCAGCAGAGUGUUCUGGUGAAAAAGAAGAAUCCCAAUUUCUGCAGUGUCACUGUCUUUUGGCUUUACUUUUUACUCAUAGAAAGAAGUAUAGCUAUAUGUCUAUGUAUGUCUGAAACUGAAUAGCAGGCAAUAGCAUUCAUAGUUAUGCAGACAAAGGCCCAGAGUUACCAAUACUCAUUGUUUAUAUACACCAUCCUUUAUUUUUUCAUUAUUUCAGUUAAACCACAGCCACUUGAUUGAACAUCAUUAAUUGGUAUUCUGUUUUAUAAACUUAUGAGGCAUUCUUGAUAAAGGUUUAUGGUUAAGGAAUCUGUACAGAAGAAAGAUUUAAGUGCCAAGCUAUGCAGCAAAGCAAAUGAUUACUGUACCCCCUUCCCAAUAAUUUAUGCCUUAAGUAGAAGUAGAAUUAUGUCAGUGAUAAGGUUCUUAAAAGUCACUCCUUCCACCCUUUUAUUUCCAAAAAGUUUAUUUAUAUAUAUGAGUUGAGAUGUUAAUUCUGUGUAAUUUAUUUAUAUAAUUUAAACAUGAUUAUACCAUACAGGUGUGAUGUUUUAUUCAUUUGCUUUUUUUUAGUUUCUUCAGUUAAAGAAAUGAAUUGACUUGAGCCUUUUCCAGAGUUUUUUUUUUUAAUGAAAUGUGUUUUGCAUCAGUUUACAAAGUUACUUUAUUUUACUCAUAUAUCAUAUACUGUAUUAUCCACUUUUAAAAUCCUUUUGAUAAUGAUAUUAAUUUGAGUAGGUCACAGUAUUUUAGGUUAUUUGUUGCUAGGAAAAAAAAAAUAUCCAAGCCAAAUGAAUUUAUCAGUAGUUACCUUCAAACAUUCAUGAAGCUUUAGCAAAAACAAAUUAUGUACGUUCUUAGAUUUUUGUCUUAUAAACUUUAUUUGGAAAACGAAUGGUGACAAAAAUCAGUUCUCUCCAAUAAGGUAGUCAUAAGUCACCCAAAAACUACAGGAAAAAAAAAUAAAAAAAAUUUUUUUUUCAAGAUUUAUUAAACCCCCAUGUUGUUCAGUCAGGAUAAAAAAUUACUCCAAACUACUGCCGAGUUUAUGUAGAAGUCAAUGGCAGAUGUCCCGUUGACAUUUUGAAGAUAUCCUGAUCUGCACUAGGUUUCGUUCAAUAAUCCGAAGAUUUUGUGUUUUGUUCCAAAUCUAUAAAAGUCUCUGUUUUCGGCGACAAAGCUGAAAAAAAUGUACAGUUCGGAUUAUAUCAAGUCUUUUCCCGCACAAGACAUAUUCAUUAAAAUUUAUUGAAAAAUGGG